AGCGCAAGAUUCAUAAAUAUGCAAUCCAGAAUCGUCGUAGCGGUGGUUGUCUUUUGCUGCAUCAUACUUAUGCAAACGGAAGCAGGGAUGCUAGGCGGAUCGUCGGACGUAGAUGUUAAUGAUCCGGAGAUCAAGGAGCUCGCUGGUAAGUCUAUCGCAAAAAUCAGUGCGAUGAUAAAUGAUGGUAAGCCACAUGAACUCGUCAAAGUGGUGUCUGCAAAAAAACAAGUUGUGGCUGGUGACAAAUACACUCUUGAAAUUCUCGUGAAAGAUGGAGAUCAUCAAGACCUGUGUACCGUUACCAUUUGGCAAAAGAAGUGGGAGAAUUUUGAAGAGGUGAAAGUGCUUAAAUGCGAUCAUCAGUAGAUGUGUAAGGGCACAUGCACUUGAUCAGUGCGAACAAACUUUUGGUUUAUUCCUCUGAAUAACACUACGUUGAUGGAACUGCUUUCUGUUAUCUCACUCUCUUUCAGAUGUGAUCCUUAUUGUUGUAUGACACUGGCUUGUUUGCUAUUAGUGAUAAACUUCAAGCUUCAGCACUAUGAGCAUCACUAUAUAAAGCAUUAUUGUUUUC